AUGGAGAGCAGCUCCGUAUUGACCAAACGGAAGCUGCCGAUGCCACCCCACCGCAUCGUAGUCGCAGCUCUGUUGAUCGCGCCGUCAACGUCGGCGUGUUCGCUCGUGGGGGCUGGAGCCAAGGCGACCCUCGAUGGCUCUGCCAUUGUCGGGUCCACCAUGGACAGCAUGUGGAUACCCAUGGACCUCCGGCUUGUUCGAGUCCCGGCCAUGUCCCAUCCACCAGCUGCCCAGCGCCCAGUGUACAAUGAUGCAUUGCAUCACGGCUACCCGCGGUUUGUAUCUGCCGACCGAGGGCCUGCCUACGCGCCGCAGACCAACCAGUCGGUGUCGACGCCGUUGGGGUAUAUUCCCCAAGUGAACUCGACAUACGCGUACUGGGACGUCUCCCACGGCAUGCAGAAUGAAGUGCAGCUCAGCAUUGGCGAAUCCACAUGUGCCGCCAAGACCGUUGGGUACCCACUGGACAUGCCCAACGGCCACAACCUAUUCAGCAUCAACGAGCUGUCUCGGAUCGCGUUGGAGCGGUGCGACUCGGCCAGGAGUACGGAUUUUACGCCGAGUACUCGACGGAUCCGCUGA